AUGUCCACUCCUUCCACCGUUCCCACGGCGGAGAAUAUUUUCCGCAGAUCAUCGCUGCUGACGCUCUGCCCCAAACCUCCCACAUGCGUUACAGUUGGUACAUUUGGCAAUGGUUUAUCCAUAAGAGUUUCAUCUGGUGUUGGAGCUUUAUCACCUGAAGCAGGUUCACUUGCUUUUGAUAUAGGUGGUGGUGCUUCUAUUAGCGUGCCGAGUGUUGCAGUUGAUGCAUCAAGAGGUGGCUCUCUAAUUGAUGUGUCUGAUGUUGCUGCUGUUGUUGCACCAGGAGGUGGUGAUCCUAUAGGUUUUUCUGAUGUUGCAGUCGUUGCACCAAGAGAUGUUUUUCGUAUUGGUGUGCCUGAUGUUGCAGCCAUUACACCAGGAGAUGGUGCUCGUAUUAGCGUGCCUGAUGUUGUAGCCGAUGCACUGGGAGAUGAUGCUCCAAUAGGCAUUCAUGGUGUUACAACUGGUGCAUUGGGAGGUGAUGCUCCUAUUCACAUGCCAGGUGGUGCUUCUAUUGGCUUGUCUUGUUUUGCAGGAGGUGGUGCUCCUAUUGGCUUGCUUGAUAUAGCAUCUAGUGUAUCGGGAGGUGGUGCACUAGUUUGUAUGCCUGGUAUUGCAGCUGGAGGUGAUGCUCUUAUUAGUUUUCCUGGUGUAGCAUCUAAUUUUGUGGGAGGUGGUGCUUCUGUUUACACGUUUGGUGUUGCAGCAAGAGGUAAUGCUCCUAUUGGCUUUUCGGGUAGAUGA